AUGUACAUCCCUAAGUCAGCCGCGGGUGAAAUCGCCGGCGCGCCUAAGUCCCCACCGCAAGGGGGCGGGCUAGCGGGCGCGCGCAUGAAUCCGCCGGCGCUGGCGCGCUGAGGCAGUCGCGCGCGUCUAAGUCCCCACCGCCGGGGGCGGGCUAGCAAGUGCGCGCAACGACCGAGGCGCCCCUGUCGAGCUGAGAGUGGACUCUUCACAAAAACUGUAUACUAAAUAUCUUUUCUUCAUCUUUCUUUUAUUACAGGUCUGCCUCCGUUGCUCAUGGACCGGCUUGCGUUUGGGAUUGACUCGACUGUGGCUCGCGCUCUCUGGCUUCGGGGUUCUGAGUUUAAGGGAGGGAUCAGCAGACACAGGCAGAAAGUCGGCUUUGAGGGCCAGGACUGCUGAGGUGGAGGUUUUGAGGGGCCUCCACCGCGUCUUGUUGUGACCGAGCAUAGACUUGGGAUUUCGCGGUCAGGGUAGCUGCGCAGUCGCUCUCCUGUCUUUGUCUCGACCGAGUUGGGAAGUGGGUGCGGGGUGGGCCUCUUGUCGUUAGUACGCCAGUUCUUUUUCAUUUUCUCUCUCUCAUUCGUCUCCUGGGGGUGUGAAGAGUCCACUCUCAGCUCGACAGGGGCGCCUCGGUCGUUGCGCGCACUUGCUAGCCCGCCCCCGGCGGUGGGGACUUAGACGCGCGCGACUGCCUCAGCGCGCCAGCGCCGGCGGAUUCAUGCGCGCGCCCGCUAGCCCGCCCCCUUGCGGUGGGGACUUAGGCGCGCCGGCGAUUUCACCCGCGGCUGACUUAGGGAUGUACAUUGUCACGCGCCUGGGACUAUCCCAGCGUGGCCCCCCCCUUUCUGUUUCUUAGCUUCCUUCUCAUCACUUCUGUUCGACUCUCAACCUCUCCUGACAGUAGUGGUGAACGUCUCAUAGGUACGCUGAAAUAGAUCACUUCUGUUCGACUCUCAACCUCUCCUGACAGUAGUGGUGAACGUCUCAUAGGUUAUAAGCCCACGAGCCACCAGCUGGCAUGACCACGACACCACCCUCGCGACGGGUGCCAACCCUCCGAUUCCCGCCGAACAGCUCGCCGCACUUACAUCGCUGCUGUCGGGUCUCACCGCUGCCGCUUCCGGCACUGCCACACCCGCCACGACGUCCGGCACCACUCGCACUGCCUUUCCAAAGCACGCACGCUUGGAUGGUGCGAAGACCUUCGCGAACUGGACACGCCAACUUCGCCUGUGCCUAGCGGACGACAUCCGCUCGUACGUCCUCGACGGUAUCGCACCCGACGACUGGACACCUUCGCAACGCUCCGCUCGCGACGCCGUCGCUCGUGAGGUCCUUGCGAAUUCGAUUGACUCGGCCGAAGUCUCGGCAGUCCUCGACAAAAUCCCUACCGCCGACCUGACAGCGCCGACAAUCUACUCGACGCUGAAAUCGCGGUACGCCCCUGACGACGCCACCCGCACGCUCGAGCUCUUCUCACGACUCUGGGGUUUCCGUCCCAUGCCCGGCACGGUUGCCGAAUUCGACGGGUGGAUCAUGGACUUCAAAGCCGUUGCGCAAGAGAUCAUCGACACAAAGACAACUAUCAAUGAUGUUCUCGCCACACUCCUCCUUGCAAUCGCCCACCCGUCCCUCGAGAGCUUCAAGGCGUCGUUCACCGAUGAACAGCGCACGCAACGAACUCUCCCGACAUUGAUUCGCUUGCCGACCGUAUGCGAGUCCAACUUCGGUCAACGAACAUCCCCAGCACUCAAUCGGCCCUUCUUGCCUCGUCGUCGUCACGUUCUACUCGUCUCAAGUGUCUCGCCUGUCGCAGCCCUUCGCACCGAGUCGCGGAGUGCCCUACGAGGGCGCAACACCCGCCGCCAGGACCCUGUCGCUCCUGCAAGAAGAAGGAUCACUGGUCUCUCGACUGCAAGAAGGCGCUCGAGGACGGCAAAAAGCCCGACACCGCUGACUCGACCGUCGACUCGCAACACCAUGUCGGAUGUCUCGCCACCGGUCUUCUCGCUCGUCGUCGCCAGCUUCGCAACCACUCUUUUGUCGUCGACUCGGGCGCCACUUCGCACAUGGUCUCGGACAAGUCGCUGUUCACGACCUAUCGCCAUAUCGCUCCUACGAAGAUUGGUGGUAUUGCAGUGUGA